ACGCCCACCGUCUACAAGCAGAUCGCGCUGCGAGCAGUCCGCGAGAUGUCGCUGCCGGACGCAUGCGCGGAGCUCGUGCUGGCCGAGAUGGACAAGGACAGGGAGGACGAGGGCGACGGCGAGCGAGACAGGCAGAGACAGGCAGAGCCCGACGAGCAGGGCGCGCUCGAGUGCUGCAGGACGCUGGGCGGCAGCGGGGCGCUGCGCUGCGCGUCGCCGGCGCCCGCGCUGCAUGUAGCGCUCGGUCAGUUGUCCACUCUGCUCUCUCUCGCCACUCUCGAUCACUGUCUGCUUUGCUUAGCGACACAUUGUAAUGUCUCAGACCUUGUGUCUCCAGACUCCUGUCGGCCGGCGCUCUGCAGGCGGGACGCGCCCGCCAGGCCCGCCGACGCGCCGCAGCAUCGACAGUCUCUGUCGUCGUGCUCGUCCCGGACGUCGGGCUGCGGCGGCGGGGGCGCGGCCGGGGGCGCGGGGGGCGCGGGGGCGCGCCUGUCCGCGAUGGUCCCCGACGUGGCCAUGGCGCCCAACGCCAACACCCACCUGCUCACUGCCCGCGACUACUUCCGCCAUGCGCCGCCCUGGGAGUACAGCGGCGGCGCAGUACUGCAGCUGGACCUGGGCGACGGCGCCACGCAUACUCCCAGACCAGGGUCCCGCGCGGCGCGAGCCGGGGCGGCGCACUCACGGCCCUCGAGGGAACACGCCCCGGGUAUAUCGUGCCUGCGCAGUCGGCCCGACGAGGACGAGCUGCGCGCCGCCAUCGAGCUCUCCGUCAUUAGGGCAUACUCAUCGUCUCGCGCUCCGGCUGGUGCAGCCCCCCUCCUGCUAGGGGGCUCGCACCCCCAGCACCCCCAGCACCCCCAGCACCCGGCGCACCCCGGCCUGCUCCCCCCCACGCACAGGGAGCGCUCGUCCGCCACACUCCCCCACGCGAGGGGGGACCGGCCGGGACUCGCGCAACUAGCGCCUACACACCAUAAUCCGGGGCGCAGCCGGGCCAGCGCGUCCCCGCAGCGCGGCGCCGACCUGCCGCCCGGGGGGGCGCAUCAUGGCGCCCUGAGCAGACUGAGCAGCGUGGCGGCGGAGGCGAGCGGGUCCCGCAGCCCGAGCCCCGGCAUGGGGGGCCCGGGGCCGGCUGCGGGGGGCGCGGGGCCCGCUGCGGGGGGCCCGGGGCCCGCGUCCCCCCGGCCGCAUGACCUGCUGUACAGACACUACAGUUAUGACAUACCCCAUUCCCCUACUUAUACCCAGCGAGUAAUCCAAUAUAUGAACGGCCCCCAGAUCGCGCUGCGCGCAGUCCGCGAGAUGUCGCUGCCGGACGCAUGCGCGGAGCUCGUGCUGGCCGAGAUGGACAAGGACAGGGAGGACGAGGGCGACGGCGAGCGAGACAGGCAGAGACAGGCAGAGCCCGACGAGCAGGGCGCGCUCGAGUGCUGCAGACUCCUGUCGGCCGGCGCUCUGCAGGCGGGACGCGCCCGCCAGGCCCGCCGACGCGCCGCAGCAUCGCUCACAACCGUCCCACUGCUGGACACCACCCUACCUCUUCCCUGGCUGUGUGAUAAUCCCUUCAAGUCACAUACGGGGUCCCACACCACAGACACUACAGUGCUGAUGUUCAGCCAGGGUUGCGGGGGUAUAUCGUGCCUGCGCAGUCGGCCCGACGAGGACGAGCUGCGCGCCGCCAUCGAGCUCUCCGUCAUUAGGGUUGAUGUGUCCCUGACAGUGAGCAGACUGAGCAGCGUGGCGGCGGAGGCGAGCGGGUCCCGCAGCCCGAGCCCCGGCAUGGGGGGCCCGGGGCCGGCUGCGGGGGGCGCGGGGCCCGCUGCGGGGGGCCCGGGGCCCGCGUCCCCCCGGCCGCAUGACCUGCUGUACAGACACUACAGUUAUGACAUACCCCAUUCCCCUACUUAUACCCAGCGAGUAAUCCAAUAUAUGAACGGCCCCCAGAUCGCGCUGCGCGCAGUCCGCGAGAUGUCGCUGCCGGACGCAUGCGCGGAGCUCGUGCUGGCCGAGAUGGACAAGGACAGGGAGGACGAGGGCGACGGCGAGCGAGACAGGCAGAGACAGGCAGAGCCCGACGAGCAGGGCGCGCUCGAGUGCUGCAGACUCCUGUCGGCCGGCGCUCUGCAGGCGGGACGCGCCCGCCAGGCCCGCCGACGCGCCGCAGCAUCGCUCACAACCGUCCCACUGCUGGACACCACCCUACCUCUUCCCUGGCUGUGUGAUAAUCCCUUCAAGUCACAUACGGGGUCCCACACCACAGACACUACAGUGCUGAUGUUCAGCCAGGGUUGCGGGGGUAUAUCGUGCCUGCGCAGUCGGCCCGACGAGGACGAGCUGCGCGCCGCCAUCGAGCUCUCCGUCAUUAGGGUUGAUGUGUCCCUGACAGUGAGCAGACUGAGCAGCGUGGCGGCGGAGGCGAGCGGGUCCCGCAGCCCGAGCCCCGGCAUGGGGGGCCCGGGGCCGGCUGCGGGGGGCGCGGGGCCCGCUGCGGGGGGCCCGGGGCCCGCGUCCCCCCGGCCGCAUGACCUGCUGUACAGACACUACAGUUAUGACAUACCCCAUUCCCCUACUUAUACCCAGCGAGUAAUCCAAUAUAUGAACGCCCCCCAGAUCGCGCUGCGCGCAGUCCGCGAGAUGUCGCUGCCGGACGCAUGCGCGGAGCUCGUGCUGGCCGAGAUGGACAAGGACAGGGAGGACGAGGGCGACGGCGAGCGAGACAGGCAGAGACAGGCAGAGCCCGACGAGCAGGGCGCGCUCGAGUGCUGCAGACUCCUGUCGGCCGGCGCUCUGCAGGCGGGACGCGCCCGCCAGGCCCGCCGACGCGCCGCAGCAUCGCUCACAACCGUCCCACUGCUGGACACCACCCUACCUCUUCCCUGGCUGUGUGAUAAUCCCUUCAAGUCACAUACGGGGUCCCACACCACAGACACUACAGUGCUGAUGUUCAGCCAGGGUUGCGGGGGUAUAUCGUGCCUGCGCAGUCGGCCCGACGAGGACGAGCUGCGCGCCGCCAUCGAGCUCUCCGUCAUUAGGGUUGAUGUGUCCCUGACAGUGAGCAGACUGAGCAGCGUGGCGGCGGAGGCGAGCGGGUCCCGCAGCCCGAGCCCCGGCAUGGGGGGCCCGGGGCCGGCUGCGGGGGGCGCGGGGCCCGCUGCGGGGGGCCCGGGGCCCGCGUCCCCCCGGCCGCAUGACCUGCUGUACAGACACUACAGUUAUGACAUACCCCAUUCCCCUACUUAUACCCAGCGAGUAAUCCAAUAUAUGAACGCCCCCCAGAUCGCGCUGCGCGCAGUCCGCGAGAUGUCGCUGCCGGACGCAUGCGCGGAGCUCGUGCUGGCCGAGAUGGACAAGGACAGGGAGGACGAGGGCGACGGCGAGCGAGACAGGCAGAGACAGGCAGAGCCCGACGAGCAGGGCGCGCUCGAGUGCUGCAGACUCCUGUCGGCCGGCGCUCUGCAGGCGGGACGCGCCCGCCAGGCCCGCCGACGCGCCGCAGCAUCGCUCACAACCGUCCCACUGCUGGACACCACCCUACCUCUUCCCUGGCUGUGUGAUAAUCCCUUCAAGUCACAUACGGGGUCCCACACCACAGACACUACAGUGCUGAUGUUCAGCCAGGGUUGCGGGGGUAUAUCGUGCCUGCGCAGUCGGCCCGACGAGGACGAGCUGCGCGCCGCCAUCGAGCUCUCCGUCAUUAGGGGUAUGUGGACUGGGGGGAGGAGGGACAAGUGA